AUGGCUAUAAAAGCCAUACUAGAACCGAUUGUAGAGGGGAGGGGAUCAAUGGUUGUUUGGGUUGUUUUAACCCCAAAUCCGGGCUCUACUCAAGAAGAGAAGCGAAAAAGGGCCUCGGAAGAUUUUUCGCCCACCGUGGACGGCGGCACCACCGUCGGUGGUCGGUGGCCUGUGACCGGCGUGACUGUUGAUGGCCGGUCCGAUGACCGGAGGAGGGGAAGGGUUGAGAGAGUUGAGAGCCUUCUCUUUAUUUUGAAAAAUGAAUGUAGGGUGGUUGAAGAUUUGGAGGUGGCAUUGCAUGACGAUGAACUCCGGGUUGAGCAGCUCAAGGUGCAAGAGGAUUAUCUGAGGGGAGAGCUACAUCAGGCUAAAGAACAGAAUAAAAUGAGGGAGCAGAUGCUAGAGGCUCAGAGAAACAUGAUGGUUGAAAUGGCUCAGUUGCUAAGAGCCACUGAUAAAGGAAAAGCUCCCAUGGCGAUCACUGAAGAGGAUAAUGAAGGUCCUCCUCUGGGUUUUACUCUGCCUCAUGUGCUCCUGCAAACCAAAGCACCUCCUAAAAGGCCAUCUACCUUAAUGGUGAAGAGAGGUAUACUGACCUCUAGAAAAGGAGGAGAAGGAAUAGAGAACCAUUGUGAGUUCCAUGGGGAAGUGGGUCAUAUGAUCCAAAAUUGUGAAAAGUUCAAGGUCAUGGUACAAGGCCUUAUAGUUAACAAAGAGUUGCAGGUUUCUGAAGGGAAUAAUGAGGAGGGGUCGCAAACUAGGCCCAAAAUAGUCAUCCGUAAACCCAAUCCUUUCCCUUAUAAGGAUGACAGGAGGGUGCCAUGGAGCUAUGACUGCAAUAUAACAAUACCUGAGGGGGAGAGUAUAGCUAGCGCAUCCAGGGGCAUGCAAAAUAAAGGUUCUCAUACACAAAGUGGGAAACGUUAUGACGGGGGGAAUAUCAUAGUAGAGCCCUCAAAGACGAAAGAUGUUGAGGCUGAAAGGGAGAAGGAGACUAAAGUACUCAUCAAUGAGCCAGUAAAGGAGGAAGAGGCUAAGGAGUUCCUAAAAUUCCUGAAACAUAGCGAGUAUAGCAUGGUCGAGCUGUUGCACAAGCAGCCGGCGCGUAUAUUAAUGUUAACCCUACUCUUGAAUUCUAAGGUGCAUCGAGAUGCGUUGUUAAAGCCGAAGUUCAAGGUGCCUGAUUUCGAAAAAUACGAUGGCAUGAAAUGUCCAAAGGCGCAUCUUGUCAUGUUUUGUCGAAAAAUGACUGGUUACGUGAAUGAAGACCGGCUACUCAUACAUUUUUUUCAGGAUAGUCUAGUAGGAUCGGCUCUUUGGUGGUACAACCAGCUUAGUAGGGAAAGGAUUCGAUCUUGGAAGGACUUGGCAUCAGCAUUCUGUGAGCAAUACAAACAUGUAUCGGAUAUGGUACCAGACCGAAUGAUUUUGCAAAUGAUGGAGAAAAAGCCAUCAGAAACUUUUAGACAGUAUGCGCAGAUAUGGAGGGAUGUCUCAGCCCAAGUGGAACCCCCAUUAACAAAAACGGAGAUAACCGUUCUUUUCAUCAACACUUUGAAAGCACCGUUUUAUAACAAACUAGUAGGAAGUGCCACGAAAGACUUUGCGGAUAUUGUAAUAUCCGGUGAGCUUAUAGAGAAUGCCGUUAAGAGUGGUAGAAUGGAAGGUCAAGAAAGUUCAAAAGGAAAAGCACCAAUGCAUGUGACCGAAGAUGAGUAUGAAACUGUACCUGAACAAGAAGCUAAAAAGCCUGUGGACGAGGAAGAAGCACAGGAAUUCUUAAAAUUUAUCAAGCACAGUGAGUACAAUGUGGUAGAACAAUUGAAUAAGCAGCCAGCGCGAAUCUCGGUAUUAUCUCUGCUGUUGAAUUCUGAACCACACCGGAACGCUCUGUUGAAAGUGUUAAAUCAAGCUUAUGUGGCAAACAAUGUAUCCGUUGAAAAACUGGAUAGGUGGGUGAACAACUUAAAUGCGGAUAAUUUCAUUUCUUUUAAUGAUGAUGAAAUACCGCCCAAUGGUAGAGGCUCAGUGAAAGCAUUGCAUAUCACAACCCGUUGUAAGGGCUAUAUAAUACCGAACGUGCUCAUCGACAAUGGAUCAGCACUCAAUGUCAUGCCUUUGGCCACACUUUCCAGGAUUCCGAUGGAUUUGUCCUAUCUAAGGCCCUGUCAUUCUACAGUAAGGGCAUUCGAUGGAACAAGACGAGAAGUCAUGGGAAAAAUCGAGAUCCCUCUAGAAGUGGGUCCCUACAUAUACGAUGUUGAGUUUCAAGUCAUGAACAUCACACCAUCAUACAAUUGUCUCUUGGGAAGACCUUGGAUCCAUUCUGCUGGAGCAGUCCCAUCAUCCCUCCAUCAAAAGGUGAAAUUUAUCAUGGAUGGUUGUUUGGUCACUGUCGAGGGAGAAGAAGACAUUGUCGCAUCUACCUUUCCUGAUACGCCAUACCUUGAACUAAGAAUGGUGGAACAAGAGGAUAAACAGAUUUCACCUCAUCAAGAAUCUGUUGAAACAAUAAAUCUGGGAACUGAAGAAAGGAAGCAAGAAGUGAAGAUUGGGACUUCUAUUUCAGGGGGCACCAGGCAUAAUUUGAUUGCUUUGCUCCGUGAGUACAAAGAUGUAUUUGCAUGGUCAUAUCAGGACAUGCCAGGAUUAGAUGAAGAUAUAGCGGUCCAUAAGCUCCCAUUAAAGCCAGGAUGCAAGCCCAUUCAACAAAAGCUAAGACGGAUGAGACCUGAAAUGUUGUUGAAGAUAAAAGAGGAAGUCAAGAAGCAAUUUGAUGCUGGCUUCCUACAAGCAUCCAAAUAUCCAGAAUGGGUGGCUAAUAUAGUCUCGGUGCCAAAGAAAGACGGCAAAGUACGAAUGUACGUGGAUUAUCGUGACCUGAAUCGAGCAAGUCCUAAAGAUAAUUUUCCCUUACCACACAUUGAUACCUUGGUGGAUAACACAUCAAAACAUUCAUUGUUUUCUUUCAUGGACGGAUUCUCGGGGUAUAAUCAGAUUAAGAUGGCCCCUGAGGAUAUAGAGAAAACUACCUUCGUAACAAUGUGGGGAACAUUCUACUACAAGGUGAUGCCAUUUGGGUUAAAGAAUGCUGGGGCAACAUAUCAAAGGGCUAUGGUGACGUUAUUCCAUGACAUGACGCAUAAAGAAAUAGAGGUUUACGUCGACGAUGUGAUUGCUAAAUCCCGAGGGGAAGAAGAACAUGUAGUAAACCUGAAAAAAUUGUUAGACAGACUGAGAAAGUUUCAGCUAAAGCUCAAUCUGGCCAAAUGCACAUUUGGGGCUACCUCGGGAAAAUUGCUUGGCUUCAUUGUCAGUGAAAGAGGUAUCGAGGUUGAUCCAGAUAAAAUAAAAGCUAUUCAAGAGUUACCACCUCCACGCACGCCAAAGGAAGUUAGAGGAUUUUUAGGGAGGUUAAACUACAUCGCCCGAUUUAUCACUCAACUUACCAACCAAUGCGACCCAAUCUUUCGACUCCUUCGAAAACAUAAUCCCGGAGAAUGGAACGAGGAGUGCCAAGUGGCUUUUGACAAGAUAAAACAGUAUUUGUCUAACCCUCCAGUGCUAGUACCGCCAAUGCCCGGAAGACCAUUGAUAUUGUAUUUGACUGUGUUCGAGAAUUCAAUGGGUUGCGUACUGGGGCAACACGACGAGUCAAGAAAGAAAGAAAAGGCGAUCUACUACCUCAGCAAAAAGUUUACUGAAUAUGAGGCAAAGUAUUCGUCCAUAGAAAAAUACUGCUGCGCUCUGGUUUGGGUAGCUCGGAGACUUAGGCAAUAUAUGCUGUAUCAUAUGACAUGGCUAAUUUCAAAGUUUGACCCAAUAAAGUACAUGAUGGAAUCACCCGCACUCUCAGGAAGAAUGGCACGAUGGCAGAUCUUACUAUCAGAAUAUGUCAUUGUCUAUGUGAGCCAAAAGUCGAUAAAAGGGAGUGCAAUAGCUGACUUCUUAGCAACUCGAACAACAGAGGAAUACGAGCCAUUGAAAUUUGAUUUCCCAGAUGAAGACUUGAUGGCAUUACGGAAAAAAGAAUGCGAGUCACCAAAAGAGAAGUCAUGGAAGAUGAGCUUUGAUGGUGCAUCGAACGCAUUGGGGCAUGGGAUUGGAGCAGUCUUAAUAUCGCCAGAAGGGAAUCAUUACCCAUUCACUGCCAGGCUGAAUUUCUUCUGUACCAAUAACAUAGCGGAAUAUGAGGCAUGUAUAAUGGGACUCCGUGCAGCUAUUGAACGAAACGUCAAAGCUUUAGAGGUAUACGGAGACUCAGCCUUGGUGAUUUACCAAGUCCGUGGAGAUUGGGAAGUGAGAGACUCAAAACUGGUUAAAUACAGAGAUCUAGUGGCAGAGUUGAUUAAAGAAUUCGAAGAAAUAACUUUUAAUUACCUCCCACUAGAAGAAAACCAAAGCCGAUUGGCUGAUGCCCUGGCCACUUUGGCUUCAAUGUUCAAAGCAAACAGGGAAAUAGAAAUAAUGCCUCUUCAAAUGAGCAUAUAUGAAGUCCCUGCACAUUAUUUCAGUAUUGAGAAAGAGCCAGAUGUACAGCCAUGGUUCCAUGAUAUCUUAGAAUACAUCAAGAAGCAAAGGUAUCCCGAGCAAGCAAAUGUGAACGACAGAAGAACAAUCAGAAGAACGGCAGCGGAAUUUAUUCUUGAUGGGGACAUCCUAUACAAAAGAGGAAAAGAUCAAGUGCUCUUGAGAUGCGUGGAUACAGUUGAAGCCUGAAAAAUACUUGAAGAUGUCCAUGAAGGAAUUUGUGGAACACACGCUAAUGGUUUCACUAUGGCCAGGAAGAUUAUGAAACUCGGUGCUGUCACACUCGGUUAUUACUGGCUGACGAUCGAAAGUGACUGCAUUAGUUUCGCAUGGAAAUGUCACAAAUGUCAAAUUUAUGGUGAUAAAAUUCAUGUAGCUCCUUCGCCCCUUCAUGUCAUGACUUUUCCAUGGCCGUUUUCGAUGUGGGGCAUAGACGUUAUAGGGCCUAUCUAUCCAAAAGCUUCUAACGGACACCGAUUCAUUUUUGUGGUUAUUAAUUACUUCACAAAAUGGAUAGAAGCCGCUUUGUUUGCCAACGUGACGAAGACUGCGGUUUGCAGGUUUUUGAAAAAGGAAAUCAUUUGUCGAUAUGGUUUGCCUGAAAGAAUCAUUUCAGAUAACGCCUUGAAUUUGAACAAUAAGAUGAUGAAGGAAGUGUGUGAGCAAUUCCAAAUAAAGCAUCAUAACUCCUCACCCUAUCGCCCAAAAAUGAACGGAGCUGUUGAAGCAGCCAAUAAGAAUAUUAAAAAGAUUAUUGGGAAAAUGACCGAGACAUAUAAAGACUGGCACGAGAAGCUACCAUUUGCUUUGUAUGCAUAUCGUACAUCUGUACAGACAUCUAUGGGAGCAACUCUUUUCUCUCUGGUCUAUGGAAUGGAAGCUGUGCUACCCAUCGAAGUUGAGAUCCCCUCUCUACGAGUCUUAAUGGAAUCAAAACUAGAAGAAGUAGAAUGGGUUCGAGCUCGAUAUGACCAGUUAAACCUUAUUGAAGAAAAACGUUUGAAGGCAGUCUGCCAUAGACAGAUGUACCAGAAGAGAAUGAUCGCGGCCCAUGACAAGAAAGUAUGACCAAAAGAAUUCCACGAAAGAGAACUCGUGCUGAGAAAGAUUCUCCCAAUACAAAAAGACUUCCGAGGAAAAUGGGCGCCAAAUUGGGAAGGUCCAUACGUCGUAAAGAAAGCAUUCUCGGGCGGUGCUUUGAUUCUCACCGAGAUGGAUGGGAAGGAGUUACCGAAUCCAGUGAACUCAGAUGCUGUAAAGAAAUAUUAUGCUUGA